AUGUAUGCACGAGCAUCAUGGCCGGAGCCGAUUGCCUACGACGACAGGGAUGGCGCAAUCAUACCCUAUCGAGUUGGGCGCCCAAAUGGCAGUUCUUUCCCCAACGGCACAACGUUGAUACAUUACAACGCACAAGAUAGAUCUUACAACAGGGCAUCGUGCCAGUUUCGCAUUCAAGUUGAAGCUGUAACCUGCAAGCAAUUGUCAGCCAUCAAGCAUGCGCGUUUAGAUUGCACUGACGGCGACAACUUCGGAAGUAUUUGCAGCUACACUUGUGACAAAGGGUACGAUAUGGCCCCUGGCUCUAGUAGAACCCUUGUCUGCAAUGCAUACGGCAUAUGGAGUGGAAAAGGGCAGCAGGAAUGCAUAGAUGUAGAGCCACCUGUUAUAUUAACCUGUCCAAGCACGUUUGUGAUCGGUACUGAACUUGCAGUAAACACAUCAACCGUGUCGUGGAAGGAGCCCACGGCGGUUGAUAAUAGUCCUUUUCUACCCAUAAUCAGACUGCAAUCGCCAAUACAGCCUGGUAGCAAAUUAGUUGCUGGGAAGUACGGCAUUAAGUAUGUGAUAGAGGACAUGGCCGGUAACAAAGGCUUGUCAUGCGCGUUUGACGUCAUCGUCAAAGGUACGCAUAGUUGUCACCCUCUUCCAGUGCCUACAAACGGUGCUGUCGUGUGCGAUAACUGGAUGGGAGGGCAAGUGUGCCAACUCCAAUGUCAAGCUGGUACACGAAUGGCCGACGAUAUGCUAGGCAAACUUCUGGUGUGUCAUUUACCAGGUGAUUGGUGGGCUAUUGAUGUUGUUCUACCACAACCUGUAUUCCAAGCUUGUACCAAUAUAACGAGUGCCCGCUUGCUACAGAAACUGGAAACAACGUUCGAAUACAGGGUGACUCAUUACAACGGCUCGUGUAACGACCCAGACGCACAGCGACAAAUUGCGGAAAACUUUAUUCUUAAACUUAAGAGUACCACUGAAUACAAAGUAUGUGUCGACGCGGAGUGCGGUGAAAAUAACGUCCAGAUACUGUGUGGUCGUAAAGAAAUACGAAAAAGGGAAACACAAACCGUGGAGGUGGGAACAAUGAAAAUGUCAAUAACCAUACCAGUUACUGAUUUUAAAGAUGCGCAACUUGUAAAACAAAUGGUAUCAAAUAUAGUGCACUACGACAUGGAUGAUAUCAUUUCACACAUGAAUUUGAAUCUACUUGCAUUUGAAAGCCUUGGUGUAUCUCUUCGCUGUCCAGUGGGGACCAUACGUGCUGGAUCUUACCAAGAUAAUAAAGGACAACCUGCAUGCAUGCGUUGUCCGUUUGGAACAACGACUCGUCAUGUCGGUUCUACUUCUAUAGACAAUUGUGAAGACGCGUGUCCACCAGGCAGCUAUUCCUCUGAUGGGCUGCAACCUUGUACACCGUGUGAGAUUGGCUCAUUCCAACCAUCUUACGGACAAAACCACUGUGAUGUCUGCACACACAGUAAAUCAACUGCAAGCUAUGGUAGUCAAUCUAGACGGGAUUGCGAAGACUCAAAAUGGCACCUGAUAUUCAUCGCUUACAAAAACUGCAAUAUCUCUUACACUAUGGAUAUGGUUUCAAUCGCAACGCAACGCAUUGCGGGAGAAUGUAUUCCUCUACAUUUGACAGGCAUAAAAAUAACGUCAGAGGGGCCUGCAACUUUGUCCCUAUCGCAAAUGAACGUAUGGAGCACAACAGAGGAAUCACCGCAAUUCAUCAAAUGUUCCUCACGAGGGAAUGGAGGAGAUAUUCUGGCCUGGAAACAGUUUGAGCGUGCUGAUCUAGAUGGAUCUUUCAUCAACUUACCUUCUGUGUGUGAUGAUUUUAACAACUGUGUCUCAUCACCUUGCCUCAAUGGUAAUUGUACCGACGAGCUGAACUCUUUCACAUGUCAUUGUGAUGCGGGUUUUACCGGACAGCAGUGCGAAGUCAACAUUGAUGAUUGUUCUGCAAACGUCUGUAUGAACAAUGCUACGUGCGUGGAUGGAGUGAAUUCGUAUUCGUGCGCAUGUUCUUCGGCAUUUACUGGCCGAUUCUGUGAGAUAGCAAUUGUCAAUGGUCAGUGGAGUGAAUGGAGCCAAUGGUCCGAAUGUUCCGCAACGUGCGGGGAGGGAACACGAUUAAGGACGCGACAGUGCAAUUCUCCUGAACCUGCAACUGGCGGAGAAGAUUGUCUAGGUGCCAUCAAUGAAACCGCUCGAUGCGACAAUAGUGGAUGCAAUGUUUGCCAACCUCUUGGUGAAAUUGAGAACGGUACGGUCAAAUGUGAGAACAUGACUGACACAAUACGUUGUAAUAUUUUCUGCAAUGAGGAUCACGAUUUUGACUUUGUACCACUCGAAGAGUAUGUAUGCGGCCCGGACACAUUCCACAUGUGGAACUUUGAGAGUAGAUUCAAUCCCCAGCGGCGUCUACCGAGCUGUGUAGCGGCUCGAGCCCCGGAGGCGUUAUCCGCAUCAUAUGCAGCCCGUUAUAAAGAUUUGUAUUGCUCGACCAAUGAAAUGACUUCACUGGCACAAACGGGCGUAGAGGAAAGGAUAAAGGGCAGUAUAAAAAAGUUACCAUGUGUUCUGGAAGAACUCUGCACAGUGUCGUAUACCACAUCAAGCUGCAGUAUGCAAACUCGUCGUAAAAGAGAGGCUUCGUCGAUUGGGUUCACAAUCAAGAUAACGUUGAUACUAAAAAAUGGGGAGGCCAAUUCCUCAAUGAAUACUCUACAUGAUACGAUUUUGGCGAUAUAUGAAUCAGCGAUAGAAGGGGUCUUAAAUGUGACCGUACUAGAUGAUGUGUACCAAGUAGACCUGACCGGGAUGAGCUUGUCUGGAGAUAUACAAUGCAGUGGAAACGAUGUGGCAAGAAGUUUCUAUUGCAUCCCUUGUGGAAAAGGGGCAUACAAAAACGAUGACCAAUGCAGCCAUUGUCCGGUUGGUCAGUACCAAGAUGAAGUUGGUCAAGCCAGUUGUAUCUCAUGCCCAUACGGUUAUACGACGAUAGGCGAAGGCUCUACAUCUCAAUCCGACUGCAAAGGUGACAAAACCAAUGACCUUAUACAAGAAGCCGCAUCUUAUAUUGGCAUCAUUGCUGGUAGCUUGACGAUGACUGUAGCUGCUGUCGUAGUCAUUGUUGCUCUUCUUGUGUAUAGAAGGUACAGGCAAUCAAUGAACAAAGUGUCAUCGAUAGCACUCCUUCCAGAAAAAGAAAACGGACCAGCUAACCAAAGGAAGAUAUGGAUAUCUAAUACGACCAAAACAUAGACAGUUGACCUUGUUAUAUUAUAUACACCGUAACAAAUGGUUUAAAUGUAUUCGGUUGACAGCGUAGCAUGUACAUACUUAAACAAAUUAAUGAAAUAAUUCGAUUGCUCGUAAUGGGUACUUUAAUCUCUAUAUACAUGUCUUGCGAAACACACAUCGGUUGAUAAAUGAUGCAAUCACAUUGUUUUAACAUAUCUGCGUGUAUGUGGUUGUUUUCUGACCAUGGCUCUGUGUAGGCUAUUGUGUCACCAUAUAUUCAUCGUGUUAUCACUUUUUACAUAAUAAGCAAUCAUAUGAAUACUCUUGAGACUCCAGCUUAUUUCAUUCGAAUUCGUAUGUGGACGAGAAUGUAAUAGUUCGUAUCCAAGUAAAUGUACUUAAUGUUGCAAUAUUUCCAGUCUUCUGAGUCUACAGGUCGUGGUAGAGUCACUUCAUGCUGUGUUAUGGAGGCGUAUGUCAGUCUGUUUGGCAAUGUGCCUCUUGCUAUAAAUAAAAGACCUCAAGCUUUUGUAAGGUUUUCUCCCGCUUGUGCAGCUUAAGUUUUCGUUUCUAUUUUAAAUCGGUUUAUAUUUCAGAUUUGUGUGCAUUCAAAAAUACCAUAUUUAUUACAGAGUGAUAAUAUUAUAACACGUGAUACUAUUAUAACGCGUUAACACGAUUGCAAAAUAAUAUUCCUUACAUCAAACCCUGACAUUUCAGGCUAUUAUAUAAGUCAAUUAUUUGCAUAUUGCGUGAUAUUCAAUAAAGCAUGCGAACUC